CAGUCGGUUUCGCUGGUCGACGUAUAUUUUGUCGGGUAGAGUGGGUUUUCUGGCGACGAUUCGCUAUCGGAGUGCGGUGCUGUGCGCAAUGCUCUGGGAUUUCUCACGACGGUCGUCGAUCCUCGGCUUCCCGGCAGGCCGCCAGCGAGAGCGCCUGCCUGUGCAUGGAGCGCGAGCUGCACGCCGUCCUCGAUGAGGCCGAGAAGCUCCGCGUGGACGGCAGCGCCCACCUGGCCAGGCGGUCCGAGGCACACCAGCGGAUGCAGCUGAUGUCUCCUGCGCUCACGGAGGCCCGCAGAAAGUGGCAGGAGCUCGAGUCGACCCUGAAGGACGCCCAGUCCAGCGCCCUCCAGGAUCAGAGGAUGGAGGAGCGCCUCGAGCGUGAAGCCGCAGACUGCCAGGACAAGAUCCACGCUCUUCGCAAGGAGAAUUUGCGGCUGGUGGAGAAGUGCGCCGAGCUGCAGGCCGAGAUCCCGGACAGCCCCCGCCGCCUGUCCAGUUCCAUUGGCAGCGGCAGGAUGACCGACAGGCCCUCCAGCGCGGGCACCGGCGCGGGCGCUGCGCUCGCCAGGCGCUCGGCCAGCGCUUCGCCUGCCGCACAGCUGCCCGGGGGCCUGGGCACGCCCGCCGCCGCAGCCCGCGGCGGGAGCAGGCUCGACGCGGCCGCCCCGGCGGCGGGGGGCGCGCCGGCCCGCCCUGGGAGGGCGCCCGCCGGAGCCUGGUGACGCUCCUGAGGGCGGGGCUCCUCUCGGCGGCGAGCCUGGGGGGAAUCCUCCUCCUGGGGGGAAUCCUCCUCUCCUCCUGCUUCCUCCUCC